AUGUCAAAUAUACCAAAAUUAGGAGAAGUUAAAGAUAUAACUAGAAUAGAGAGAAUAGGAGCUCAUUCUCAUAUUAGAGGAUUGGGUAUUGACCAAUCUCUAGAACCUCGUGAGGUUUCAGAGGGUAUGGUUGGACAAAUCAAUGCUAGAAAGGCUGCUGCCGUUAUAUUACAAAUGAUCAAAGAGGGUAAGAUUGCUGGUAGAGCUAUCUUGAUCGGUGGUGAACCAGGUACAGGAAAGACUGCAAUUGCAAUGGGUAUGGCACAAUCAUUAGGUAAAGAUGUACCAUUUACAGCUAUAGCAGCAAGUGAAAUAUUUUCAUUGGAGAUGAGCAAGACUGAAGCAUUGACACAAGCAUUUAGAAGAUCGAUUGGUGUACGUAUCAAGGAAGAGAAUGAAUUGAUUGAAGGUGAGGUUGUGGACAUUCAAAUUGACAGACCUGCAUCGGGUGCCGGUAUUCGUGUUGGUAAAUUGACACUAAAGACAACUUCGAUGGACGCAUUGUACGAUUUGGGUUCAAAGAUGAUAGACUCGUUGGUCAAGGAAAAGGUGACUGCCGGUGACAUUAUUCGUAUUGACAAGGGUAGUGGAAAGAUCACCAAGUUGGGUCGCUCCAUCUCUCGUCUUCGCGAUCACGAAGUGUCGGGUGCCAAAGUCAACUUUAUCGAGUGUCCAGAGGGAGAAAUCCAAAAGCGUAAGGAAGUCGAACACACUGUAUCGUUGCACGAGAUUGAUGUCAUCAACAGUCGUGCUCAAGGCUUCUUUGCCUUGUUUGCCGGUGACAUUGGUGAAAUCAAACCAGAGGUACGUGAACAAAUCAACCAAAAGGUGGCAGACUGGCGUGAAGAAGGAAAGGCUGACAUCAUCCCUGGUGUAUUGUUUAUCGACGAAGUACACAUGUUGGAUAUGGAAUGUUUCUCAUUUUUAAAUCGUGCUUUGGAAGAUGACAUGGCACCCAUUCUCAUCAUGGCCACUAACCGUGGUAUCACUACCAUUAGAGGCACCAACUAUCGUGCUCCACAUGGUAUCCCUGUUGAUUUGCUCGAUCGUCUUUUGAUCAUCCACACACAACCAUACCAAGAAAAGGAUGUACUCAAGAUUCUCAAGAUCAGAGCUGCCGAAGAAGAUGUUGAUAUUAGUGAUGAUGCUCUCGCACUUCUCACCCGUAUCGGUUUGGAAACAUCGCUUCGUUACUCUAUCCAUCUCAUCACAUCGGCCUCACUUGUCUGUAGCAAGCGCAAGGGUACCGAAGUCUCAGUCGACGAUGUCAGAAAAGUAUACGAUUUGUUUGUCGAUGUCAAACGUUCAGUUAAAUACCUCAAAGAUUAUCAAGAUGAAUUUUUGUAUGAUACUCAACCAACAACAACUAAUGAUCAAAAAAUGUCAGAUGUAUAA